GUGACAGGUAUGUCGUCACUUUCACGUCUGACGACGCCUUUGAACUUGUGGGGAGCCAGCAGACGAUUCCAGUCUGCCCUCCGAGAGCUCAAACCAAGAAGAGAUGCGAUUCGAGCAAUGAUUUCAGAGAUCGAAACAGAAAAAGCGGAUAUUAAGCCACCUUUCAUCGACACACAUGGGCGCACUCACAACUACCUCCGCAUAUCACUUACGGAGAAGUGCAACCUCAGAUGCCUCUACUGCAUGCCGGAAGAAGGAGUGGCUCUUUCUCCAUCUGCAAAUCUUCUGACCUCAGAUGAGAUUGUUCGACUCGUUGAGUUGUUUGCUAGCCAUGGUGUCGAUAAAAUUCGUCUCACAGGCGGGGAACCAACCAUAAGAGGGGAUAUUGUGGAGCUCGUAGGAAGGAUUAGGAAUAUCAGAGGAAUCAAGGAUAUAGGACUGACUUCAAAUGGCAUAGUGCUGGCAAAAAAGCUGCGUCAACUUCAUAGCGCUGGCCUCACUAAGGUCAACAUUAGCUUAGAUACACUAGACCAACAUAAAUUCAUGCUGAUGACUAGAAGAAAUGGAUUCGCAAAAGUCAUCAAGUGCAUUGAACUUGCCGAAACCUUAUUUCCAAUGGUGAAAAUAAAUACUGUGGUGAUGCGAAAUGUGAAUGACAACGAGGUCAACGACUUUGUUGAAUUGACAAAAGACCGUCGGCUCGAUGUUCGAUUCAUCGAAUACAUGCCAUUUGGCGGAAAUCAUUUCUCCACGAAGAAAUUUGUCGACUACAAAACGCUGCUUACAUCCAUCAGCGAGAGGUACAAUGGCAUGAUCGAACGUUUGCAGGAUGCGCCAAACGACACCACCAAGGCUUACAAAUUGACGGGAUCAAAAGGACAAUUCGGCUUUAUCACGUCGAUGAGUGAGCACUUCUGUUCUACCUGCAAUCGUUUGCGCAUCACCGCCGAUGGGAAUCUGAAGGUCUGCCUUCACGGAACAGCAGAAGUGAGCAUGCGAGAACUUCUGCGAAGUGGCGCAUCGCCAGAAGAAAUAACAGAAGUUAUACAGAAGGCGGUGUCGCGGAAGAAGAAACAACACGCGGAUUAUAGGUAUGGAAAAUCUGCAACAUAUGCCAAAUCGACCAAUGAUACUUAUCGGAGGAUAAAUAGAACGCACCCAGUUCUUUCUAUAACAAGUGACCUCUCAUCUCUACUCCUCCCAUCCACAACAAGCAUAUCUUCUCUACGAUUGUGUUCAAAAGCUGCUGACAGUCCAGUGUAUCUCUCGCAUGUUUCAAAAGACGGGUCUGCAAAACAGGUUGACGUUUCUCACAAGCCAAUUUCAUAUCGUGAAGCUGUAGCAGAAGGCAAGAUUACGCUCACACCUGCACUCGUUCACCUGAUCAAAAAUAAUUUGUCAAAGAAAGGUGACGUUUUGAAUGUGGCUAGAAUAGCUAGUGUAAUUGGAGCAAAGUCUACCUCAACCAUCAUUCCACUUUGCCACAAUAUCCCAAUCAGCUACGUGAAUACCGAGUUCCGCCUUGACGAGUCGAAGGGCGUUCUUUACAUUCGUUCAACAGCGAAGACGACAUCCAAUACUGGUGUCGAAAUGGAGGCGCUCACGGCAUGCUCCGUUGCUGCUCUGACGGUUUACGACAUGUGCAAGGCGGUCACACAACAGAUGGUGAUUGGUGACAUACGGCUUGUGUCGAAGAGUGGUGGUAAGACGAACUACAAAGGCGUCAGCGAUUUUUGAACACAAUCUGAACUUCUAAUCAGUUUUCUCUACAAAAAUUUCUCUCUUUUCAUUUCAUUAGGGUCUUCCCUCGUCUGGGGAUUUGUACAGGUACAGCCAUAUCAGUGCGUUGAAUUGUUGUGCAUAAAUUCAAAAAUCUUCGCAUAUUACACUUCUCUGAUUGAUGUAUAUAUUUAUUAUAACAAAAAAGUCACGACAGUUUCAUUGAAUCCUGAAAGAUAUUCUUGUAUGAUAUCCUCCUCCGCCUACAGUAUUAUUGGCGUUUUCCCUCAUUCUGCUUUUUCUAUGAAAAAGCGAGUCGUCUGGUAUGCUCGGCGAAUCGGUGCGCUCCAGCGACGAAUCAACGCCCUUCUCUCGAAAGUAUUUUCGGAUUUUGUCAAUGUUUUGGUCGGAUGACUCGCUCCUCUCUUGUUCACCCAUCUUCCAUAAUAAAUUGUUGUCCGAAUU